GCGCACGAGCUGGACCAGAAGAUCCAGGAUGUCUACAAGCGCAUUCAGACCGAGCGCAAGAUGCUCGAGGCCACUCAGCGCGUCCGCCAGGCUACCACCAACCCUGAUGUCCUGAGAUCCACCGAUGCGAAGAUGAGGGAGGCGGAGAGGUCGCUCUCCUAUUUCGAGGACUUACUGCGCCAGUUACAGUCUCGCAAGAUGGCGCAGGCCCAACAGGACGAUCAGUCAAGAUCAGGUAGCCCCAGUCCAGGGCAGGGUGGGGCGGCGUACGGGCAGCGAGGGGGACGUUCAUCGGGAAGUGCUCCUCAGUCACCUCUGCCGGAUGGCUCAAGGCGCGGUGCGCACAGCCCGCAGUCCCCGGAGUUGCGCGCAACUGGCCCCGCUCUUCCCGGAGACGAUACCUACGGCGCACCGAAGUCCAAGACGUACACGAACUUCGAUCUGAUCAAGGCGGACACGCCGCAUACUACUGCGAAGAUCUCGCGCAUGCUCCAUGAACUGGAGUUCAAGCUCCAAGUAGAAAUUCAGCUUAAGAAGGGCAUUGAUAAGAUGGCGAAGCUCUUCCAGGCUGAUGGCGACCGAAGGUCAAAACAAGAUGCCGAGGCGAAGAAAAUAGAGAGUGAGCGGAAGAUCCACCUCCUGCAGACGGCUUUGAAGCGGUAUAAGACCCUUCAUAUCUUGGAUGAUGCCGAAGAGGACGAGGAUGCCGGUAUGUCGUUUUGCGCACCCGGCGUAGGCGGCCCUGGAGGCGAGGCCGAACGCAAGGAUCUUCGCUCGAAGAAUUUAUCCGGGAAGCUUUACAUCACACUGAAGGGUGCGCGGGAGUUGGAGCACGCCCCGAGGUAUCGCUCUUCCAAGCAGAGCGAGACGUUCGUUUCUUUCAAGGUUGAAGGCCAAGAACGUGCGCGCUCUCAUCCGACCAAGACAGAUCGGUGGAUGGACGAGAUUGAAAUCGUCAUUGACAAGGCUAAUGAAGUUGAAAUCACGGUCUAUGAGAAGUCCCCGAGCGAUCAGUAUCCCAUUCCGACGGGUCUUCUCUGGGUGAAGAUCAACGAUCUCGUCGACGCGCAGCGCAAGCAGAAGGUGUUGAUGGAUAGCGGCCAGGGUGGCUGGGUCACUGCUGGUGCUAUGAACGGUGACAGUGCGCCCGGUGCUCCAGGAUAUCCAGGCGGUAUGGACGCGCCGGUGGGCUACGACAACCGUGUGGUUCCUCCGUCGUCUUCUAUGCCGUCGAUGGGACAGUCAGAGGGUAUAGAUGCUUGGUUCGCAGUGGAGCCUGCUGGUGCUCUCGCGAUGCGUCUCAACUUCGCCAAGGAGAACUUGCGCAAGCGUCCCCUCGACGCACCAGGUGGUCUCGCUCGUCAGGCCGCCGUUCGCAAGCGCAAGGACGAAGUGCACGAGAUGAACGGUCACAAGUUCAUCCAGCGCCAGUUCUACCAAAUCAUCCUAUGUGCUUUCUGCAACGAAUUCCUGCUGAACGCCGUGGGAUACCAGUGUGAGGACUGUCGGUACACUUGUCACAAGAAGUGUUACGAGAAGGUCGUGACAAAGUGUAUAUCGAAGUCCAACAAUGGAGACGAUGCGGAGAAAAUCAACCAUCGUAUCCCGCAUCGGUUCGAACCUAUCACCAAUAUCGGUGCGAACUGGUGCUGUCAUUGCGGGUAUAUGCUUCCCCUUGGUCGCAAGAACGCUCGUAAAUGCACAGAGUGCGACAUCACCUGUCACGCCAAUUGCGCGCACCUCGUUCCCGAUUUCUGUGGUAUGUCGAUGGAAACGGCCAACCAGCUCUUGCGGCAAUGGCGCAUCAUCAACCAAUCUCGCGGAGGACGGACAACGACACAGUCACGACAACCCGCGCAGUUCUCUCAGCAGCCGUCGCCCCGACUGCAAUUGCCGCCUCCAGAAACGUCAAUGGAAUCGCUGUCCACCGAGUUGGAACAUAUGAAGAUGACAGAGCCCCCGCUUCCUCAGAAGGACGCGAUAUAUACGCGUCCGCAGACGCAGACCCCGCCCCCAGAAACGCUUCUCCCACAAGCCGCUCAGGCAGCGUAUGCCGGGCAACAACCGCAAGUGCCUCCCGGGGGACGCAGCCCGCUCCGGCCGGCCUUCCCGACAGAACCAAUAUCGCAGCGCUCUGCGCCCGCCGCAUACGAACAACAAGAGACAUAUGGUUAUCAGGUUGUUCCUCCCCCGCAGGCGGGUGCGUACGUUCGUCCACCGGAGCGACAGUCGUCGCUCGCGUCAGCACAGCAGAUGCAACAGCCACCGGCGCAGCAACUCCAGAAACCGGCUGCGCGCAAGCGUAAGGUCGGCCUCGACGACUUCAACUUCCUUGCCGUUCUGGGUAAGGGUAACUUCGGUAAGGUCAUGUUGGCGGAGGAGAAGAAGACGAGUAGCCUGUAUGCCAUCAAGGUCCUCAAGAAGGAGUUCAUCAUUGAUAACGACGAAGUCGAAAGCACUCGUUCCGAGAAGCGUGUCUUCCUCGCCGCGGCCAAAGAACGUCACCCCUUCCUCCUUGGCCUGCACUCCUGCUUCCAGACUGAGACCCGUGUCUACUUCGUCAUGGAGUACGUGAGCGGUGGUGAUCUUAUGUUGCAUAUCCAGCGCAAGCAGUUCUCUCUUCGUCAAGCGAAGUUCUACGCAUCCGAGGUGCUUCUCGCCCUCGAGUACUUCCACGCCAACGGGAUUAUCUACCGUGACCUGAAGCUGGACAACAUCCUUUUGACAGUCGAAGGCCAUGUCAAAGUCGCGGAUUACGGUCUCUGCAAGGAAGAAAUGUGGCACGGAUCUACCACUAGCACAUUCUGCGGUACUCCCGAGUUCAUGGCUCCCGAGAUUUUGCUCGAACAACGUUACGGCCGCGCUGUGGAUUGGUGGGCCUUCGGUGUCCUGAUGUACGAAAUGCUUCUGGGGCAGUCGCCAUUCCGUGGUGAUGACGAAGAUGAAAUCUUCGAUGCUAUUCUUGAGGACGAGCCGCUGUAUCCCAUCACGAUGCCCAGGGAUGCUGUGUCAGUCCUGCAGAAGCUCUUGACUCGCGACCCGACUCGGCGGCUCGGGUCUGGCAAGGCUGAUGCCGAAGAUAUCAAGAGACAUCCGUUCUUCAAGGACGUCAGCUUCGACGAUGUCCUCAACAAGCGCAUCCCUCCUCCUUACUUCCCCACGAUUAAUGGCACCGCUGACACCAGCAACUUCGACGAAGAGUUCACUCGUGAACAGCCCACGCUGACACCUGUGCAUACGCAGUUGUCCACCCGCGACCAAGCCGAGUUCCAGGGCUUCUCUUGGGUUGCGAGCUGGGCGGACAUGUGAUAGUUCACGUAUUCUUGUCAUAAUUAUUUCGUUUCGCAUUGCUGCAUCCCUCACUCGUCACUCUGUAUUGGAUACCUGUUGUGUGCAUGUCAACAACCCAGUAGCGCCGUCGCCCAUAUAUCCGGACCAAUAUGUAGCAUUCAUGUCAUACAUCAUGCUGGCCUGGUCCUGUACUCCCC